ACACUAUAUAGUUUAUUUUGGAACUAGAAGAUCUUUAAGGUCCCUUCCAACCCAAACCAUUCUGUGAUUCGAGUCAUUAUAAAACAGCUGGCACCCGAACAGGGUGGCUGGCAUCACCCUCAACUCCCCUGACAUGCAGCAGCUGCAGCUCCAUGGAGGGAAGUAUUCAUACCACAAGAUUCAUGCAUAAAAGACUUUUCAGUGCUGUGACAGGUUCACACAGCAACACCCAGGGCCAAGUUGCAACAGGGCACUUCCAGCACUAUCUGCAUGCCUCAAUAUCAGAGUUACAGCAACUGGCUCAGCUGCAAGCUUUGCCUUUUAAAGAGGAGGAAGAGAGUACAAAAAUUACAAGGCAGGGAGGAGGGGGAAUCAGCCUGCCUGCAAUAAAAUCUGUUUGACGAGUGGAAAUAACAUUCAUACUGUUUGUACACUCCCAUCCCUGUUAGAAAGUGAUCUAGGGUCACACAGCUCAGGAGACAUUUUCUUUCUUUUCUCUUCUCUUUUUUCUUUUUUUUUUUUUUUUUUCUGUUUUGUUUUCUUUUUUUUCUUUUCUCUUUUUCUUUUCCAUAUAUUCUUUUUUCUUUAUCCUUUUCAUUUUCCUUCCUUCUCCUAUGCUCUCCAUUCCUCUCCUCUCCUCUCCUCUCCUCUCCUCUCCUCUCCUCUCCUCUCCUCUCCUAUCCUCUCUCCUCUCCUAUCCUCUCUCCUCUCCUUUCCAAUCCACCACCACCUCUUUUUCUCCCUGUCCGCCUUUCUCUUUUUCCCUCUCUUCUCUUCUCUUCUCCCCCUCCUCUCCUCUCCCUUUUGCCCGAAGGAAUACGCUGUUCUCGAGCCCAGCCCAGAAGCUCCCGGGCGGGGGCGCCCCGCCGCCGUGUCGCGUCUCUUCUCUAUACAUUACGGUAGGAGAGCCGCCGCGCCUCUUCCACCUGCCAGCGCCCUUUAAAGUCGCGGCCGGCCGGACGGCGCAAUGACUCGAGAGUCGAGUCCUGGUGCCGGGGUGCUUUGCGGUCUCGCAGCCGGACUCCGGCCGCGUCCCCCUUUCUUUUAGGGGGACUUUUUUCUCCGUCGCCCUCACUCGCCUGGUCUUGUCUUUCCACCCGGUGGUAAAGAGCCGGUGUGGGCGAGGGCUGGUUGGCCCAGGAAGCCCCCAUGCCUGCGGCGGGUCACCUGCGCGGCUCUGUCGCUGGCCCCGGCGCGGUUGCGGAUUACCGCGCCUCCACUCCCCUGCCGCGGCCGCGCGGCCCCGGGUAGUGCCGGCGCCGCCGCCGCGGGCUCCUCCGGGGCAAGCCAUGGAGCCCGGCGCUCCGCUAGACCUGCGCGACGUCGAGCAAAAGCUGGGGCGCAAGGUGCCCGAGAGCCUGGCGCGGCCGCUGCGCGGGGAGGAGCUCCCGGGACGUCCCGCUGCUGCCGUCGCGGCCCCCGGGCCCCGCCGGCGCCGCGCGGCCGCUCUGGCCCGUCUGGAGACGAAACUUCACCUCCUGAGGCAGGAGAUGGUUAACCUCCGAGCCACUGAUGUGAAGCUUAUGCGCCAGCUACUCAUCAUCAAUGAAAGCAUUGAAUCAAUCAAGUGGAUGAUUGAAGAGAAGACCAUUGCCAGCAGAGGUAGCAGUUUGAGUGGCAGCCUGUGCAGCUUGCUGGAAAGUCAGGAAACAUCCCUCCACGGCAGCUGUAACAGUUUACAAGACUGUAGUGAUGGACUGGAUGGAAUUUCAGUGGGGAGUUAUUUGGACACCUUAGUGGAUGAUGUUCCGGGUCACCAAACCCCUUCAGAUAUGGACAAGUUCAGUGAUUCUUCUAUUAUGGAGGACCCGCAGCCUCUGCAUAAGCAUACCAAAAUUGAUUCUGAUGAGUACUACUGUUUUGGUUAAUGAGAAUACGUUCCAGUGGGACAAAAAUGCACUUGUACUUACCCUUUUUCUUUGCUGCUAUUUUAUUUCAUGUGCAAACCUCCCAAACUUCUCUUGGAAGUAAAACAUAAUAUGAUAGUUCAAUUCCACUUCAUAACUUGUCUGUUGCUUCUAAUACAUUUUCUCCUCGGUGGAUUGGGCUUUCCUCCUGAGUUUCUUUUUCUUAAUUUAUUGUUGCAAUUUUUCAUUUUUGUUUUAAUUUUUUUAUAAUGCUAUAUUUACAGGUCUUUAUAAGUGGUGAAGGCAAAGCUUUACCUUUAAAAUGAGACAUCAGGGAAUGAGAGCAAUAAUUUUGUAUUUGUUGGCGAUAAAAUAUCUUCCAAUAAAUAUAUGUUGUGGUAAAUUUUCUUGACUACCAGGUUUGGCCUUUCCAACGACACUGUUCUUAUUGAGCCUUAAAUCUGAAUCUUGAAAAUACCUCUGCAGAAUAUAUUUUCCUUUUGUAAUCAAUGAUAUUUGAUUCUGUUAAGCUGUCUUCAGUUGAAAUACAAAGUAUCCUAAA